GCUGCCGGAGCUGGGCUUUACCUCAGGGCUGAUCACAAGGAGGAACCGCGUUCCAAAAGAGAGAAAGCGACAGGGCAAAUUCCAGCCCUUCAGACGACUCUUUGGGAAGAAGAAGAAGAGGGAGGCCGAGGGGGGCUUUGAUGGAGCAGAGCUAAAGGCGAGUUUUUCUACCGGGGAAGUGUGCAAUGGAGUUGUUUCUGACGAUGAGGAGUCAAAUUCAAAUCUGAGGGAGUUGAAUCCCAUCGGAUCUCGAGCUCUCUCACACGACAGCAUCUUUAUCCCAGAGGAGCCGGCGACCGAGCCCGGUCUAAAUCACAGCAUGUCCCAGGAAAACGUCUCGGAUAAAGUUAGGAAUCUGCAGAGGCAGAUCGCACAAGGUAUAAAGUUUGGCCAGAGACUACCUUCUCUGAGGAAAAGUGAAGGAGAUGAGGGAAGUUCAGAUGAGGAAGAGGUUCCCCGGAGUCCUCUGAAGGUUGUGGCCCAGGUAGAAGCCGAGCCAGCGGACACAGAGCCAAAGCAGGUCCAGGGGGCUCAACAAGCCGGACCACACAGCACCCCGGUGAAAUCACCGAGGUCCAAAAGAGUUCUUCCGCCCACUGGUACUAUCGAGUCCAUCGAUCUGGAUGCCGUUCCACAGUCUGUUCCUCGCCUAGACAACACCGCUGCCAAGCAUAAACUGUCCGUCAAACCCAAAAACCAGAGGAUUUCCCGCAAACACCGGCGGUUUACACAGGACCUCCAAGAGGGAUCUAUUCCCGGUGUGGUGCAAGAGGACCUCGAGGCGGCGGGCGUCUCCACGGACAACCGGCGCAGGGCCUCGGCCGAGUCCCUGGACAGCUUCAAGAAGCAGAGACUCCAUGAGGAGGAAAGACAGGAGACGAGGAGGAAGAGGGAGCUCGAGGACCAGAGGCUCCAUCAGGAGGAAGAGGAGAGGAGGAAGAGAGCAGCAGAGGAGCUGAGGCUGCGGGAACUAGAGGAGGAGGAGGAAGAACAAAGGCGGAGAGAAGAGGCGGAGAGGAGGAGGAGGAGGGAGGAGGAGGAGAGAAGGAUCCGAGAGGAAGAGGAAAGGCGGUGGCGAGAGGAGGAAGAGCGGAGGGAGGAGGAGGAAAGUAGGAUGCGAAAGGAGCAGGAGCACAGACGGCGGGAGGAGGAGAGGAGACGACUGGAAGAGCAGAGGAGGAAAGAGGAGGAGGAGGAAGCAAGGAGGCAGCAGGAGCUCGCGGAAGAGGAGAGAAAGAAAACGGAGGAAGCGGAGAAGAUGAGGUCGCGGGAGAUUGAAGAAAAGAAAAGAACGGAUGCAGAGGAGAGGAGGAGGAAGGAGGAGGAGGAGCAGAGGAGAGCUGAGGAGCUGCGCUGGAGGGAGAUGGAGGAGCGACAGAGGCCGUUCUCUUUCAAAGUGUCCUCUGGAGAAAAGCAGAUUUUGUUCCAGAAGGUGAACCUGACGCCGGUAACACCGGCUGGCGGCCACCAGAGCGCUGCUGCAGCGGAGCAGCGAGAGAGCGCCAAGGCUUCGUCCUCUGAAGGCCUGCUAACGUCUCCAUACGUCCCCCACACCGCCAUCUUGGUGACAGGCGCCCAGCUCUGUGGGACAGCGGUCAAUUUAGACCACAUCAAAGACACGGCCUGCAAGUCUCUGCUGGGUUUGGGAGAGGAUAAAAAAGCCCAGGGAACACCGCCCACCAAGAGCAAGACCUCACCGGACCGCAAGUCCGGCAAAACCAAAUCCCUCAACGAGUCCUCGUUCUCUACGGACCAGUCCGUCCUGGCAGAAUGGGCCAGCAUCCGAUCAAAGAUAUUCAAGGGGGUAGAGGAGGGGAAAUACGACGAGUACCCAGAGCCGAGCAAGGGCCAGCCUCAGACCGGCGGCGAAGAGCCGCCUGCGUUCUCCCACGCGAACCUCAGGAAGACCAUGUCUGCCAGCGCCAAGUUCUCCAUCACCCCUGCGAAGAAGAAGUUUGGAGAUUCAAACAGGAACUCUGAGGUGUUCGGCGCAGAUGAUAAGGAAGCAGGAGAGGAAGCGACUCGGUCUGACAGCCCGACCGCAGCGUCCCCAGCGCCGUCCUCUAAACCUCAGAGCAGGACGAGCAAAACCGUCCGCAUCGUGGAAAGAGGGUCAGAGGAAUGCGUGUUUGCCAAAGACCUCCCCUCUUUCCUGGUUCCCAGCCCCGGAGCCAAACCUGAGGGGCCAGAGUUGAAGAGCCCAGCUCAGAGGGAGACGGAGGGGUCUGAAAGUGAGGAGGGAGAGAUCCGAGGCCAGGACGGUGAGGACCAGCCCUCGCCUUUUGGCAUAAAGCUGAGGAGGACCAACUACUCCCUGCGCUUCCACGGCGAACAGUCCACCGAGAAAAGGAAGAAGCGGUACAGUGCAGGGGACAGCUUCGACGGCGUCCCUUCUCCUCUCACCCCCAUUGAGCCCGACUCCGACGCUUCCUCUGUCUUUUCGGACAAAUCCACAACUCCUACAUCGCCUCUGAAAGAAGGCGCGGCCGGCAAGUACUUCCAUGCAUCCGCCUCCCACGCCGUCCCUCGGGCUAAACCGGGUAAGUCUACCAGCCCGAUCUCACACAGCGAGGGUGAGAAAGUGCUUUCCAAGCCACCUGUCUACCGAAGACCGACCACGUCACCCAAACCUAGCGGAGCAGCCCCUACGCCUCCCCCAUCGCCGCUACCUAAAGCGGUCCAUGGGCCUCCCGGUGAUGCCGGGGUCCGGAGGACAGGGGCUGCAGAGACAUCCGGCCAGGAGCAGACCAACCGGAGCGAGGACCCUUCAGCGGUGGCCCAGUUGCACCGGUGCAGCCAAGGCCAGGUCCAAGGGGAAGAGGAGCCGAAGGAGAAGAGAUCCUUCUUCCAGUCCAUUAACAUCCCCUGGAGAGAGAAGACGGACAGAAAGACAGAGCUCAUCAAGAGAGAAAAACCAUCGCUACAGAGCAGGCACUCGCUGGACAGUGCGAAGGUCCAGGAGAAGGAGGCCGGGCCCUUAUGGAUCACACUGGCUCUGCAGAAGCAGAAGGGCUUCAGGGAGCAGCACCAGAACCGAGAGGACCGUCGUAGCCACAGAGCUGAAAAACUGGCUGAAAAACAAGCCAGAGAGAGAGACAGCGUCAUGCUGGUGAGCCCCACAGAGAGCAGAGGAAGCGGGAGCACCAGUCCUUCUUCUAAACCUCAGACGCCAGAGGAGCCCAAGAGACCCGACAGCCUCCUGGGGCGAUUUGAGCGCAGAGAAAACCUGAAAAAAGCCAACACUUUACCCAGCUCUGUCACUGUUGAGAUUGCAGACUCUACGCCGUCGCCACCUGCUGUCAAGGAGGUGUCAAAGCGCUUCCCCUCCAGUGACUCCCCGCAGGUGUCCACGGAGCCGGCAUGGCUGGCUCUGGCCAAGAGAAAGGCCAAAGCCUGGAGCGAUUGUCCUCAGAUCAUCAAAUAA